AUGUCGCUAAAAAUGGAUUAUAAUUAUCUCGGUGACACCGGAAUGAAAGUGUCAAACCUCUGUUUUGGCGCGUUGACUUUCGGAAUUGUAGAUGACUCAGUUGCCCGUCCUGGUCAACUCAAUGAAGCAGAUUCUCACUUGCUCCUUGACCGAUAUGUUGAAUGGGGAGGCAAUUUUAUUGAUACAGCUGAUGUAUAUGCUGAUGGUCUGUCUGAAAAAAUUGUUGGUUCUUGGCUGAGCAAACAUAACCGAAAUGAGUUUGUUGUGGCCACAAAAGUACGAUUUAAUACUAACCCUAAAGAUGUCAACUCAAUUGGCCUCAGCCGAAAACACAUUAUGGCGGGCAUUGAGAGCAGCCUGAAAAAUCUACAAACAUCCUACAUUGAUAUUUAUCAGACUCACUGUUGGGAUGUGGGCACCCCAAUCAAGGAGACUUUACUUACUCUCCAUGAUUUACAACGGGCUGGCAAAAUCCAUUAUGUUGGGUUGAGUAAUGUUUGUGGUUGGCAGAUACAGAAGAUUGUUGAUGUUGCCAAAGAUAUAGGAAUGCUUCCAAUUGCUAGUUUGCAACAACAAUACAGUCUAUUGGAGAGACACUCAGAAUUUGAAGAAUUCCAAGUUUGCCUUAAUGAAGGGAUUGGGGUGCUGCCAUGGAGUCCACUAAAAGGUGGUUUCCUGAGUGGAAAGUUUAAGAGAGAUGAAAUGCCAUCACCUGAAACCAGAAUUGGUUUCACUGCUCUUGAAGAACAAAAGAGAGUUCUUCAAAGCCAACCAGCUUGGACAAUCUUAAAAGAAAAAGAUGCUGCCUGGGAAUUGUUGGAUAUUAUGAAAGACAUUGCUACUGUUCAUGGAAAAAGUGUAGCACAAGUUGCUCUACGUUGGUUGAUUCAGAAGAAAAUUGUUUCUUCGGUAAUUUUUGGAGCAAAAACAUUGCAGCAGUUGGAUGAUAAUCUUGGUGCUUCCUCUGGAUGGGAACUGACUGAAGAAGAGAUGCAGAAACUUGAUGAAAUAUCAAAACCCAAGGCUGAAUAUCCACACGUUAUGAUCUCAAAAGUUAAUGUUGUUCGUCAGAAGUAA